CACAGAGAAAAGGAGAGAGAAAGAGCGCGCACAUUAUGUUACAUAAUCAAUUUUAAGUACUUUUGCAUAAAAUACAUAUAUUGCAAAUCCUGAUCAUAAUAUGUAUUAGAUAUGCAUGCGUAAGAUACGUAUGAAGAAAUGAUGUUAAAAUAUGCUCACCACAAGAGUGAGGUAGACCAGUGGUCAAGAUCUUUCUUAUUCACGAAUAGCUUGUAGUAACGGGCAGUAUAUCAUAAACGUUGCAGCGAGACGUUACGUAAAGAUUUGAUUCAGCGAAACGCGUUUAUUAGAAAGCAAAAUUGUCACUAGUCGAAUAAACUCAUUCGCACUGUUAUCAUAUAAUUUGACAAACAGUGUAAAUUCUAUUAAGAAUUUAAUAAAUAAAUAGAGGCAAUAAAUGAGAUAGAUUAGUAGUGUGUUUAUAAAGUGAGAGAGAAACUACAACCAUAUAGAAAAUACAACCAUUAAGUGUGAUGUCUCUCAUAAAGUGUAUUACUCUCGAAGAAGAACUAAUAAAAAAUCCAGAACUUAAGUUGUCAGAUAUACAAAUUCUAAGGGAUUGGUGUGAGAAACAACUGCAUCUGCCGAAAAUCCAGGACGUGGAGCUCGCCAUAUUUCUACACAGUAAUUAUUAUCGUAUAGAGCCGACGAAGAGCACAAUCGAGAAUUACUACACUUAUAGAACUCACAUACCGGAACUAUUCUCCAAUAGAGAUAUACGGAAAGUGAAAGGACUGCGAGAUGCUUUUAAACUCACGGCCGUACUUCCACUAGAGCUUACGACAAAGGAAGGAUAUAGCAUACUGAUGUCACGGCUUGUCGAUAUGGAUCCAUCGCAUUACUUCUUUAAUGAAUCGACAAAUGCUAAUCUCAUGGUGUACGAGGAAUUUCUUUGGACUCGUGGAUCAGUAUUAGGAAAUAUCCUUGUCAAUGAUGCCACGGGUUUCACAAUGGCACAUGUAUGGCGUACAAACUUAGCUUUAAUAAAGAAAUUCAUAUACUACAUCCAAGAUGCCUUGCCAAUGCGUCUGAAGCAGAUCCACAUAAUAAAUACAACGCCAGUUAUGAAAAUAGUGUACAACGUAAUGAAACCUUUCAUAAGCGAGAAACUGCAAAGUCUGAUACACUUUCACACGUCAUUGGAAAGUGCAAAAACGUACUUUCCGAUAGAAGCAUUACCAAAUGAACUUGGUGGAAAAGCAGGUCCUAUACAAGAAUUAAUGGACGUACAAUUUAAGAAGAUAGAGAACUUUUGCGAAUGGUUCGUGGAAGACGAAAAGAAUAAUCGAGUAAACGAGUCGCUGCGAAUCGGCAAAAGCAAGACAUCUGUUUCACGUGGACAGUAGUUUGAAAACGACAGAAUUUGAUUGACUCUAUUUUAUAAUAUAUAUAAUGUUACAGGAAUUUAUAAGCAUUAAAAUGUUAAGUCAUUCAGUAACUAAUGUUAUAACACCAUUAUGUAUAAUGGUGUUAUAAUUAAGAUACGUAUAAAAUAUAAUUAAUUAUAUCUAAAAAAAUAAUUAUACAAUUAAUGGGGUGGCAAUAAUAUAAAAUAAAGGAUACAUGAAUUUCGAAUUACAUUACUAUUUCAUCAUACAUUUAAUAAUUUUAUUAUGAUAUAAAUUAUGAUAUAAAUUUUUUACAAGUAAUGAAAAUCGACGUGACAAUAAAUAUUUAAAAUAUUAAAUAAUAAGUCUAAAAUAUUAGAAUUAAAAUAUGUAAUAUGUAAAAUGUUCAAGAUAUGUAAAUAUUCAAGAAUGCUUUAAACAAGAAAAUGGCUACUGUGUAAUCAUUACAAAAGAUUUACCACAACUUUCUAUAAAAUACAAAUAACAUUUUGUGACAAGUGCAAUGCGUUAUUCUAUCAGUGAAAACUGUACAUUAUUUCCCCUAGUUUGGUUUAUAAUUGUGACUAUCAAUUAAAUCGAUUAAUUUCUAUAAA